AUGGCAGAGCACAACACAACCCCGCGCAUUCGCGCGUGUCUCUUCGACAUGGACGGUCUACUCAUCGACUCCGAGGACAAAUAUACUUUGAUCACCAAUGAAGUACUCGCCAUGUAUGGCAAACCCCAGCUCCCAUGGUCAAUAAAGGCCCAGUUACAGGGGCGCCCGCAGCCCGAGGCCAGUAAGAUUUUCCAUGAUUGGGCGCAACUCCCAAUUACGCCUGAGGAAACAGCCGCCAAACAGCUAUCUUUGCAAGCGAAAUAUUUCCCACAGUCUCAGCCACUACCCGGCGUUACUACUCUUCUUUCGACCCUUGUCUCAAGCCAAUCCACAGAUCAACCUGUACACAUUGCUCUAGCGAGUUCGUCGAAUAGCAGGAACUUCAAGCUGAAGACAGAUCAUCUGCAAGAUAUCUUCUCCGCAUUUCCCCAGGUACACCGCGUUCUUGGUGACGAUCCCCGAAUCGGCAAAGGAAGAGGCAAGCCAUUGCCUGAUAUCUAUUUGUUAGCAUUGGAAACCAUCAAUGAGAGUCUUCGUGCCAAAGGGGAACCUGAAAUCAAACCGGAAGAGUGUUUGGUAUUCGAGGAUGCAGUUCCAGGUGUAGAGGCUGGUCGCCGUGCCGGUAUGCAGGUCGUGUGGUGCCCGCACCCAGGUCUUUUGGAGGCAUAUAAAGGACGUGAAGAGGAGGUACUUGCUGGUUUAACGGGAUCACACAAGGAAGCUGAAAAGACCCCAGCGGAGAAAGAGGCCGAGGAGCUUCAAUCCUGGCGGAUUCAGGGAGCUGGAACACCUGGGCAAAUUGGUGAUGGAUGGGGUCAAUUGGUCGCAUCCUUGGAAAACUUUCCUUAUCAGCGGUAUGGAAUGGAGAUAUCUUAG